AUGAGAAAGGAAAGAGAGAGAAAAGGGAUGAUACAAGAUGGAGAAGAGGAAGUUUGGGAUGAGAAAGAGGUUGGAGAAGAGAGAGUGAAGGAAAGGAUGUGGAUGAGAGAAGAAGGGGGUGAACAUGUUACAAGGAAGAACGGAGGAGUGAGGGAAGGAGAACAGGUGGGGGUGGGAGGGGUUAGAAAGAGGUCAGGGAGCACAACGUCUUCCGACGAGGAAAAUGACGGUGUGUGUUUGCGCGAGUGUGUGUGCCUCCCUAAUUGUGAGGAGAAGGUGAGGGGUGAGGCCUAGGCACGCUUCCUGCGAAAACAGCAGAUAGAGAUGGACAGUCAGAGGCAGCGCCGCGAUCCGUGUGUGCAUGCGUGCAUGUGUGUAUGCAUGUACGUCCGCGUGCUCGCAACGCACGUGCGUGAGUGUGUGUGUGAGUGCGCCUACGAGUGUGUGUUUUAAUAGCCACAGUCAGAGAGCCUCUGUCAGACAGUCAGCUAAUUGGCCAUCUUACAAGUACAGAGGAGGCUGCUCGCAAAUUGGCAAAAAGGGCAACCGGCUUCAAUCUGAUACCAAACUCCUUUCUGUCACGAUGCUGUCCAUUAGACAACAGCUUAAGUCAGGGAAAUGGAACAAAAAUAAAGAAAAACAGAAUACAAAACAGGGGGAAAAUAGUGCCGUAAUUGUGCUUUGGAGACUUGUGUUGUUGCGCUUGACCCGUGUGUAGCGAGACAUCGGGGAUCAUGCCAGAUUUAGUGUAAAUAAAAAUUUGGGGGGUGGUGGUGAGGAGGGGGGGCGAGUUCAUUGGAUUGGUGUGAAUUUAUAUUUGUGUGUGCAGAUGCUUCAUGUAUUUUAAUCCAUGUAAAGUCCCAACUGGGUUCCAAUUAGGAACAGGUUUCCUCUCGCCCUAAGGGGGAGCUGAUAAUUAUGCUGUUGACUGUGGUUGUGACUUAGAGUGUUUGUGUAUUUCUCUCACUGAGUGUGUGUGUGUGUGUGACUAACACUGUGUAUGAUAUUCUUUUUUAUCUCUCUGUAAUGUUUACAAUGCUGACUUUGUUAGCUGUAUCAAAUGAUUCUUCAUAAUUAGACACAAUACAGAGAUUCAAAUCCUCUUAUCGUGGUCUUUUAUCACAAUUGUGUACCACAUUGUGUGUUGAAUCUUGGCUGUAAGGCACAUCAGCUGAUUGUGGUAAAGUGUGGACCUUAUCUGUUGUGCAUACAUAUGAGUACUUGUGUAUAUAUGUGUGUGCUUUAGAGGGAAUGUACAGUGGGUGGUACACUAGUCUUUUUUAUCUUUCCUCAUGUUUACACUUCUGAUGCUGUUAGCUGUUGCAAAUGAUUUUUCAUAAUUGGGCGUGAUGCAGAUUCAAAUCCUCUUAUCUCAGUUGUUUACACACCACUUUAAGUAUAAAAUCUUUGCAUGCAUCAACAGCAGCCAUAUCCAUUCAGUAUAGGAAUGAAUGUGCAUGAUGAGCCUUGUGUGUUUCUGUGAGUGUGACAGGUAGCUGCCCCGUGAUGCUCUCAAACUCCACACCCCGAGUGUCUAACCUUGAAAAAAAAAAAAGAGAGUGACGCUGAUGUAGUGGACAGCGCGCCUCUCACAUCUACACCUAAAUGUUGAAAAAUGUCCCCUCAGAUAAAAUGGAUGACCUGCGUGUAGAACCCAUCGGUAUAAAUACAUUGUUUUGCAAGGCUGAGCUGACAAGAAAGCCAAGAAAAUGUUGAAUUUUCUCUGCAUGGUUUUCUUGCAAUUUGAAAAGCUCGCCAUAGCGGUAAAAAAGCAAGCCCCUGUGUUUAUUUUCAGCGGUGUAGUGUGUUUGGGGGGGAUGCUCGGGCCCUCCUCACUGUGUAUUCAUGAACUCUUAUUGUGGUUGCCACUAUUUCCAUAUCAUGUCAGUGCAAAAAGAAAAAAAAAAAAAAAAGCCCCACAGAGGGGAAUUGAAUAUGAGAUAUUUACAGCGUUUCUCUUAAUCCAUACAGAUGGACAUGCUGGGGUUCGAACAUAUCGCUGUAAAAUGUUGUAGACUUAUUCAUAUCAGACCAGAUUCUGGGAGGAGGGUAGAAUCCAGCUGCAAUUUACAAAUCUGAGAUAAUUUCCACACUCCCCUCUGAAGAUUUUUACAUAGAAAUCAAGCAAGCAGAAGAUUUCAGGGGGCUAAAAAGGAAUCUUUUGAGACUGCAAAACAGCAUAAUUGUUUUGCUAUCCAAUCGGGUGUUAUACUACACAUAAUAUAUGGUUAUUUCAUACAGCCUCCAGACUGCCAAGAUGUUUUCAAUUUGGCACAGCCCUGCGAUCAUGAUAUCACAGAGAAGAGAGAGAGAGAGAGAAAGAGAGAGAGAGAGCGAGCUUCCAGUCUGGGAUGGCCAGAGCAGCGAGAGGGCGAUCAUUUCACCAAACUCAAAGGCUUUUUUCCCCCCUUCUCUCUCUCUCUCCCUCUCUCUCUCUGGGACGAAUAAUUCCACAGUUGCUGAGGCACUGAAAAAGCAAUCUGUGGAAUACCCCAGGGUCAUGUCUGUGGCCGGAUGAUUUGUGUGAAAUGUCAUACAUUAAAUAUAAGUUUAACAUUCAGCCCGGUGCACUGUAAAACUGCCCUGUCGUUGCCACAGUCCGCCAUUUCCCUCCGUGCAAAGGGAGGGUUCGGGUUCAGGAAAGCGGUCACAAAGGAGUUGGACACACAAAUAGACACACAGAUAGGCACACACACACACACAUCCACACAAACCCCCUGUGUCUGCCCAAUCUUGGACGGGAGUAGGAGGGUGGGAGAGGACGAUGGGGGAGUUGUGAGGCCAUUCGAUCCACAGCUGCAUUUCAUUUACGAAUGCGAGAGGCCGAACUUUUUUCGUGAAAAUAUAUCUAUAUAAUUUUUUUUUUUUCAAUUUCAUCUUGUAUUUUUUCCAGGGAGCGUUUGGGCCAGACAGACAUUGAGAAGAAGAAAAAAAAAAAGAAAGAGAAAGGGGGGUUGGUAAGUAGACAGACAGAUGGACGGAGAGACGGACAGUUUGUCUAG